AACUGUGUUCAGCGGAGCUCAUCUAGAUGCUGUUUGUUCUGUCAGAUAUGCGGAGCACAAACUCCCACCAACCAUUAUGAUCAAUGCACGGUGGUUUCACAGUCACCCAUCCGGUUGGUCCAGCGUUAUCAUCCACACUGGCUGUCAUGGUGCAGCCAAUGCAAGAGUCCUCAUUUCUAGCAGUUCCUGUUACAUUCAUCUUUGCUUAUUGAACAUACGCGGCACUGUUACAUGAUGCAAAUCUCUUGAAACACCUGUGGGAGAAGCAAAUCUCUCAGCCUUGAGCACUUUUCAGUCCACUGAGUCCAUCCACUGGUUCCGCUCUCACCCAUGUGACUCACCAACAAAUCUCCUACAGUCACCGCUGCAUGAACAUUUUAAGGGGAGGUGUAUUUACACUGUGCUGAAAAAUAAAUAAAUAGAAGACGUUAAAUUGAAUAGACGUUUUAUAAACAACAGCGUGGCCUCAACAUCAGUGCUCUGUCCAUGGAAAUCCUGUCACGGCCACGUCUACAUGACAACCCAGCGUCAGUCGUUUGUUUCCUGUUUAGUUCAGGUUUCUUAGCAACAAAGGCAACACAGAACAUUAAGUACCAACGCUGAGCUGGAGCCUGAUUCCAGAGACAGACCUUCUGGCUUUUAUUCAGAAAAUGUCAAGAACACAGAGUCCAGACGCCCGGCUGACGACAGGGGAGACGCGCUGCAGUCACACUAAUCAGCAGCCAUUCACCACAGAACUCGCCAAGAUGCUGACGAGAAGCAGCCCUCGCUUUGGCGCUUUGAGUCACCACUCGUUCUUCUCCCGGCACAACCCUCACCCCAGCAGGGUGAGACACAUCGAAGGGCUCAACGGCAGACCUGUUUGCACGGUGAGAGACGACUGGUACGUCACUUCAUCAUUAUUCCCUCAUCCGCUUCUCAAGGGCCACGUGCUCCGAAGGGCAGCUGACCCGUCUCUGGCUUCGCCGCUCACUCAGAGUCUUCAAGGAGGCGCCAGUAACAAAAACAAAUCUGUGCUGCUUUCAGAAGCCUGGCGAGAUGAACUUAAAGAACUCGUUGAGAAAGUCAAUUUGCGAGCACAGAAGGAGGAGAAAAAAGACGAACCUGUGGAAGAAAUUGUGCGUCGAAAGACUCAGUAUUCUGCUGAAACCGGGAGACUCAUCCCUCCGUCCUCCAAGUCCCACCAUCGCAGAUCACAUUCCCAACGCAUGGCGUAUCCACAGCCCCUUCAUCAUCAGGAACUGAUGGUGUUGGAGCUACUUUGUCAGAUCCUUCAGACAGAUUCCCUGUCUAGUGUGCAGCAGUGGCUUCUGCUAGCAGGCCAAAGAGAGAAGGAUCUGGUGAUGGGGAUGAUAAAACAAGCUCUGGAGGGCGUCGACCUCCAGGGCCAGCAGCAGAACCUCCAGCAGAUCCCGUCCUUCCAUCCUGGUGCGUCUGCUGAUCAGUCCUGGAGGAAGCCACAGAGGACGAGCACAUGCCGAGCAAACCAAGCAUGCAAUGAUGAACCAGAGAGGAUUGGAGAUGCAGAAGUUCUAGAGAUCCACACAGAACCUUAGAUCAUCAGCUGCUUCAUGGCCAUAAGCAUAAUAAAACAUUUUUGUUAUGAGAAUUAGCCAUAAAUAAUGAAAGCGGAGUAAAUGUGGAAGUCAUCGAAUUAUGUUGACAAAAUGAUGUAUGUAUAAUCAUUUUACACGAUUCAGUUGUUAUUUUAUUGUUUGAUUAGCUGAACAUUUUCAUAAUUAAUAAGAAUUUGUUCAAUCAAUGUCAAUCAUACUGUUGUUUGCUUUUUUGAAACUUUUUGACCAGUCAAAAAAAAGUACGGAAAAAAAGGUAUGGAGUACAAAUUAAAAAAAUUUUAAGUAGAAUUUUAAAAUAGAGAGACACAAAUGGGCCUAGAAUUAUUUGUUAUAUUUGUGUUUGAAAUAGAGCAUUUAAAUAAACAAUUGUGGAUGAUC